GUGUGGUUGCCGGAGAGGUCUAUUUAUAACCGGACGGUCUUCCGUCCGCUGACGUCUUGUUUACGUUCGCGCGGAGUUUGGGCAGUAAUUAAACAGAUUGGUGCCGGGCGCGAUGCUAGCCGCCCUAGCGGGCCCCUCGGCCUGCAGUGCCUGCGAGCGCCGCGGCCGAGAGCGCACGGACCAGCCCUUUGUCACCACAUUUUGUUUCAUUCCGCCCUCGUCUCGCCCUCUCGUGGGAGCAGGUCCAACAAGACCUUCAAGCCGAAGAAAAACAUUCCGGAAGGCACCCACCAGUACGACCUGAUGCGGCACGCGGCGGCCACGCUGGGCUCCGGCAACCUGCGCCUCGCGGUGCUGCUGCCCGAGGGAGAGGACCCCAAUGAGUGGAUUGCUGUCAACACCGUGGACUUCUUCAACCAAAUCAACAUGCUGUACGGGACCAUCACCGAGUUCUGCACUGAGGAGGCCUGCGCCGUCAUGUCCGCCGGCCCCAAGUACGAGUACCACUGGGCGGACGGGCUAGCAGUGAAGAAACCCAUCAAAUGCUCCGCACCCAAGUAUAUUGACUAUUUGAUGACCUGGGCGCAAGAUCAGCUCGAUGAUGAGACACUCUUCCCUUCCAAGAUCGGCGUGCCGUUCCCAAAGAACUUUCAGAGUAUCGCGAAGACGAUCCUAAAGAGGUUGUUCCGCGUGUACGCACACAUCUACCACCAGCACUUCCCACAGGUGGUAACGCUCGGCGAGGAGGCGCACCUCAACACGUCGUUCAAGCACUUCAUCUUCUUCGUGCAGGAGUUCAGCCUCAUCGAGCGGCGCGAGCUGGCGCCGCUGCAGGAGCUCAUCGAGAAGCUCACCGCCAAGGAGGGCCGAUGAGGCCCCGU